AUGAUGGCUCGGUCUAUUCCGUGUUCGUUAACCGGGUCGCUAGACGGCCAUGCACGCGUCGCAGCAUCGAGAACCGGUACGCCGCCUGAAUGCGGCCCAGCGCGUUCCCGCCACGUGCUCUCUCUUCCUUCACUAACCACACACGCGGCGGCCUCGGCUUCUCAGGCUCUUCGAUGCGCUUCACCUCCGCCGCAGCGCCUUUCCGCUCCGCCUUGCCGCACGAACUAUCACCGCGUAGCCGCGCAAUCCCGGAGCUUUGAGGCGGCCAGCGUCGGAAGCACGACGAGAGAUCUUCCUUGCUCGCAAACGCAUUCGCAUUCGCAUGCGCAGCCAGCCCGGCAUCGCGUGCGGUGCGCAGCCAUUCCGCCAGACGCCGCAGAUCUCGCCGCAGCCCUAGCGGGCCAAAUAGCCUCCGCCGCUCCUGUCGCCGACGCGGCUGCUAGUCUGGCAGACACGUCCCCCGCCGCUGCCGCCGCUGCUGCUGCUUCGGGUGAUCUGGGGGUGGCUGGAGGCGGAGGACGGUCGGAGGUGACGUGGCAAAUCGUGGUUGGUGCAAUCGCUGGCGUGAUCCCCUUCAUCGUGGCGUCCAUUGAGUUCGGCAAGCGCAUUGUGAGUCGCCCUCCCUCCCUCCCUCUCAUACUGCCUCCCUGUGUCUCCCUGUGUGUCUCCCUGUGUGUCUCCCUGUGUGUCUCCCUGUGUGUCUCCCUGUGUGUCUCCCUGUGUGUCUCCCUGUCUCAUCACCUGCCUGUCGAAAUGAUGAUGAUGAGCGAUAAUUCGCUUCCUACUGUUGUCUAUCGUCCAUCCCUCACCGUCCACCUGGAUGCCGGUUGCACGUCAUCAAUUGCAUGGCGUUCAUCCAACCUUGGGUGA